GUGUGUGUGAGAGUUUGGCUUGAACUGAAGUGUGUGUGGGUUUUGGUGCUUCUUCUAAGUUCCAAGUGCUUCUGCAAUUAGCUGUAGAAGAAGAUGAAGAUGCACUUGGAGAAGAAGCUUCUUCAAGAACAAAGAGCACAAAGUCUUUGUUUGGCAACACAUGCUUCUGCUUCUCAAGAGACCAUCGACCACAUCCAUGUGGGUUCCUUCUAUGAAGUAGACCACUCUAAGCUUCCUACUUCUGCCCCAGAACACAUCAACUCGAUUCGUGUCGUCAUGGUAGAUGGGACGUCCCUGUUCAAGGUUUCAGUGAGGUUUCCAAGCCUUGACUCACUCCAAACCCAUCUGAAUGAGGAGAGCUACCGAAACCCGGUUCCGGCUUUUGACGAAAGCUUCGAGAUGAGUCCACUAACGGCGUCGGAGGUGCUUUACCGGAGACUCCCACAUCGGGAAAUACAAGAACAGAGCCGGGUGUGGAGCUUUUGGACCACACGGCGUCGUUUCGUGACAUCUCCGUGUUGCUUGUCGGAGAUUAAGCUCAGUGGGAUGGUUCAGUGGGGUAAGCGCAAGCUAGUAAGAUGUGUCACUGUGCAUGAGAGGGGGUCUGAUAAAGAUGAACAAGUACAACCGGAGGAGGAAGAAAGAGAGAUGGAUGAAGACGUGAAGGAGUCUCGUUAUGACUUACGGAAGAGGAAACAGAUUCAAAAGAAGCUUGAGAUAGUGAAGCGUCAAAAGCUGAUCAAUAAUCAGAUUGUGGUUCAUGAUCAGACCCAGAAGCAAAUGGUUGAAGGCUCAAUUGAAAGAUGGACUGCAAGGAGGUACAAGGCGGCAGAGGAGAGCAUACUUAAGGUGAUGAAGGAGAAAGGUGUUUGUGCUGGGAAUCCAAUAAGGAGAGGACCACUGAGGGUUGAGGCUAGGAAGUUGAUUGGGGACACUGGUUUGAUAGACCAUUUGUUGAAGCAUAUGGCUGGGAAGGUAGCUCCGGGUGGUGUUGACAGGUUUCGGAGAAGGCAUAAUGCUGAUGGAGCUCUUGAGUAUUGGUUGGAGAGUGCUGAUUUGAUGAGGAUUAGGGAGAAGGCUGGGGUGAAGGAUCCUUAUUGGACUCCGCCGCCGGGGUGGAAGAUUGGGGACAACCCUACUCAGGAUCCUACUUGUGUGAGGAUGUUCAAGGAGGUUUGGGAAGAGAUAGCCAAUAUGAGAAGGGAAAGGGAAUCCCAACAGCAGCAAGAGAAUUUAGCAGUGAUAACUCUGGAUCAGGGGGAAGCUUACAGCUCAGUAACCAAUCCAAAGGGGUCGCAGGACAAGUACACAGAACUAGCUGUUAGGAAGUCUAGGAUUGAAGAACAAAUGCUGCAGUUUUCUCAGUCUUUCUCUGGAAUAGAGGAAGAAAUGGAGUCGUUGCUAGAAGAACUGAGGGUGCUGAAACCAACCAUGGAAGAAUCAGCACUUGUUUACUCAGAAACAGCUGAAGUACCAAUGUUGAUAUCGGACACUGAAGGAGGGACAAAAGGUAGGAUGAGAUCAAGAGACAAGGCUCGUAUAGAGGACGAGGCAGCAAAGAUAGAGAGGUUGAGGAGUAGCUUCAAGAUUUGCAAGCCACAAGGAACAUCUAUGUGGCCAGACAUGAGCAUGUCUCCCAAGGGUAUGGUUCAGCAAACCAACUCUUUUUUGGUCCCAACUCCACCCUCAGUUUCCUGUUCCAACAAGUCGGCAAGCUGCCUGGUCCUUCAUACACCAAAUGGACACAGCCCAGGCUCCCCUCUGAAGCCAUUGGCUGAGAGACGCGCAAUCAACAUAAGCACUUUGAGCAAUUUGACAAAGCAAACAGAGAAGACAAACCCCCAGCCCCAGAUUGACUCUAUCAGGAUUGGCAAAACCCUUGACAUCAACCUCAAUGAGUUCCCUGAUGCCUACAACACUGACCCUACUGCAAUUCCCAGGACUCUCACUUGCCAGAGAAAGCAGCAAGAUAUGGCAAAGGCCAAAAGGAUCAUGGAGGAUGCUACAGAUAUAGGGAAGGAUAGCAUGGGUUUGUUGAGGUACAACUCUCAGCAUCAGCAAAGGUGGUGUUCAUCUUUCACUAGUAGUACUUGAAGCAAAAUGAAAUGGUGGGUAACUCAGGGAUCUCCAACCCCUUUUUUUGGAUACCGGAGAUGAUUUGGUAUCGUAACUCAGUUAGAUAUAUUAUCAGUUAAAAUUAGGAUAUGACUCUUUAUAUUUGAUCAUUAGAGAGUACUUUACAUUAUACUCCUAUAUAUGGGGUUCUAUGUUGGCUGAAUUUUCCUAGUAGGGUGGGUAUUUGUACCUUAUUUUGAUCCAAAAUCUGAAACAUCUACUAAGCCACAAUAUCAGUGUGACGUAUAUGUAUUGUUUUGGCUGAGACUCCUGAGAGCUAAUAUGAGGCAAUAGAUGAUAUAUAUGAUUGAAAUUUCUAAGGCG